GCCGCGUCCUUUUCGUUCGUCCUCAGUGCAGGAUAACGUAACACUCUUCUCACUUUUUCAAAAACGAGUAAAUUAUCUGGUGUUUACGUUUGCUUACCUCAUUUUCUAUUAUUCUGCCAACUGCACGAUCCCUAAGAAGGACUACUCCACCCGUUAUCAACUUUAGAAGACAAUCAUCGCUGCUGAAUAUGGAUGUCAUUGUGCGUCGCUGCCCAUUCUUGGCUUGUGUGCCUCAGGCCUUCUUUCAGCAGUCCAAAAAAUCUCUGGUCAUGUAUGCUCAGCGAUGCCCUAUCAUGAUGGAGCUCGCUGCCAAACCCAUGGCUCCUUCAAUGGCACGAGCCCUCUGCUCUUCAUCCUCCCAUCAGAGGACUGACAACAGUGCUGCAAGCGAUGCCCCUAAACAGGAAAGAGAGUCAAAGCUUCCCUCUGGUCACCCCAUGCCACCUCCGGGUCAGGUGGUGGGAUCCAAAUGCCCUUUCCUGGCUGCCGAGAUGAACCAGAAGAACAGUGGUGUGGUCCGUCAGGUUGCCAUGGAGUUCCAAGAAGAUGUAGAAGAAAUUCGUACUGUCCAGAAAGAAGUUUCACCUGCACAGUUAAAGCAGCAGCCGGCCUUGGCCAGUACAAGUAAAGUGCAGGGGCAAACUAAUUUAAUGAAGACUCUGCUGAAGCAGCGUCCUAAGAGGGUCACCCACUUGCUGCAGGACAACUUGCCAGGCAGCAUGUCUCGUUUCCAAUAUGACAGCUUUUUUGAGAAAAAGAUUGAAGAGAAGAAAAGUGAUCACACAUACCGUGUGUUUAAGACGGUGAAUCGUAGGGCCACCGAGUUCCCAAUGGCUGACGACUUCACAGGCUCUCUAGAGGACAAGAGGGAGGUGUCUGUUUGGUGCAGCAAUGACUACCUGGGCAUGAGUCGACACCCACGAGUCGUCCAGUCUGUUAUGGAUACUUUACAAAAGCAUGGCUCAGGGGCAGGAGGUACUAGGAAUAUCUCUGGAACUAGUAAAUUCCAUGUGGAGCUGGAGCAUGAGCUUGCCGAUCUUCAUAAGAAAGGUGCAGCCUUGCUCUUCACCUCCUGCUUUGUUGCCAACGACUCCACCCUCUUCACUCUUGCCAAGAUGCUGCCUGGUUGUGAGAUUUACUCGGAUUCGGGAAACCAUGCCUCAAUGAUUCAAGGCAUCCGUAACAGUGGAGCUAAGAAGUUCAUUUUCCGCCACAAUGACUUGGCUCAUCUCCGUGAGAUGCUGGAGAAGGGAGAUCCUUCCAAACCGAAGAUUGUUGCCUUUGAGACUGUCCACUCGAUGGAUGGUGCUGUGUGUCCCUUAGAGGAGAUGUGCGACUUGGCCCAUGAGUUUGGUGCCAUCACAUUUGUAGAUGAAGUUCAUGCUGUGGGCUUGUAUGGCGCCAGAGGAGGGGGCAUCGGAGACCGGGAUGGUGUCAUGCACAAAAUGGAUAUCAUUUCAGGGACUCUAGGCAAGGCAUUUGGAUGCGUGGGCGGCUACAUCGCUAGUACGUCUGCUCUGGUGGACACCGUUCGCUCUUACGCUGCUGGUUUCAUCUUCACCACCUCUCUGCCACCAAUGCUGUUGGCUGGAGCCAGGCAGUCAAUCCAGGUUCUUAAAGGAGAAGAGGGUCGCACACUGAGACUCAAACACCAGCGCAACGUCAAGCUGCUCAGACAGAUGCUGAUGGACUCUGGGCUGCCCGUCGUGCACUGCCCCAGCCACAUCAUCCCAGUCCGGGUGUCGGACGCUGAGAAAAACUCAGAAGUGUGUGACAUCAUGAUGAAUCGCCACAACAUCUAUGUGCAAGCGAUCAAUUACCCCACUGUUGCUAGAGGAGAGGAGCUUCUUCGCAUUGCCCCGACCCCUCAUCACACUCCUGAGAUGAUGAAAUACUUUGUUGAGAGGCUGGUUCAUACCUGGAAGGAGGUGGGCCUUGAGCUGAAGCCUCACUCAUCAGCAGAGUGUACGUUCUGCCAGCAGCCGCUGCACUUUGAGUUGAUGAGCGAGCGGGAGAAGUCGUACUUCAGUGGCCUCAGCCACCUUAUAUCAGCCUGCGCUUAACACUACUCUCCACUGCUAGCUGGAGAUGGCACAUAUACACUCAUUCCUGUAUCACUGUCAUAGAAUGUAUUAAUUAUAAUCUGUAAGUUCUCUAUUAUGUGUGAUAUUUAAAAUCUAUGUUUAGAUAUUCUAUAAGCUUCAAAUAAAAUGCACAAGAAAAAGGAA